AUGCUUGAGAAGCGAGGCAGCUUGGUGCCGGGUUUGCUGUCCCAUCGCCCUUCGGGGUGGUGGGCUCAUGCCCAAUAUCAAGCUGUCUUGCUUCUCAAGUAUGCGGUGAUGUGCUCAGAUAUAUCGCUAAGGCGAUUGUCAACUACCACGCUGCUGGUGGUAGUAGGCCGCUCGAAAAUCCAGCAGCGUGGUAGUAGGCCGCUCGAAAAUCUGUUUGUGAAAUUGAUCACAGACUUCAAUGCUGACAUCAACCUCGAUGUUAAUUUCGCGGUAACACCAUACGAUCGACCUUAUAUCCAUUCCAUCAAAUGGAUGGCUGAUCAUUCGACUGGCCGCAACAGCUUUGAACAAUGGCAUUCAACAAUAAGCCAGCCGAUUUCAAAAAAUGCCGCGAUGGAACUGAUGGACGAUAUGGAUUUGGAACACGAUGUUGAUCGUACUACUGGCGUCAACAAUGAACAUGUCAUUGAAACCGGCACCCUCCACAAGUACAACAAAUACAUCUACACGUGGCAAGAGGAACGUCCAUACGUAUAUGUCUACUUAGGUAUGGCCCUGCCACAGGCACGUAUCUUGUUACUUGACUUGCGUUCUCCGCCUAUUCCCCGUCAUUCUAUCUCAUCAGAGUUCUGGUUUACCUGGAGAGAGCUAUGCUCAGCCGUCUCAAGGUUUAUCACAACUUAUACCAGAUAA